AUGACUCGGGUUCUUUUAACAGGUGGAAGCGGCUUUAUCGCGUCGCAUGUCCUCCGAAUUCUCUUGGAUCGCGGACACUCUGUCAUAACCACUGUGCGAUCUCAGGCAAAGGCAGACCACAUCAGGAGUACUUAUUUUGAUGUUCCGUCAUCCAGACUCGACUUUGCUAUUGUUGAAGAUAUUUCUGUUCAAAAUGCAUACGAUGAAGUGAUGAAGUCGGGCCCAUUUGAGGCUGUCAUUCACACAGCAUCGCCGUUCCUGCUCUCGGGCGAUGACAUCAAGAAGACUUUCAUGGAUCCAGCCAUUCUGGGUACCACUGGGCUACUUGAAGCUGUUAAGGCUUAUGCGCCAACGGUCAAUCGUGUUGUUAUCACUUCGUCUCUCGCGACAGCUGCGGUGGGGCCUGUAGACUCAACCUACGUCCAUUCUGCGAAAGACUGGGUUGAAGUAUCCGAAGAAGGAGCUUACUCAAAUCCAUGGAACGGCUACGUUGCGAGCAAGGUAUAUGCCGAGAAGGCGGCGUGGGAUUUUGUGAAGAGGGCAAGCCCACAAUUUACCAUCACAACAAUUUUACCGGCAUUUGUCCUCGGUCCAAUCAUCCAUGACGUUGGCUCACUCAGUACCAUCAUGACUUCAGGGCUACUGAUCCGCGAUUUCUUAUCUGGGAAUUACAAAGAUGAGAUCGCACCAAGCCCUAUUGGCCGCUUUACCGAUGUCAGAGAUGCGGCCAUGGCGCACGUAAGAGCUAUUGAAGUCAAGGAAGCCGGUGGACAACGGUUCUUGGUUGGCAGUGGCACAUACUCUAACAGACAAGUGGCUACUAUCUUGUGGAAGAACUUUCCGGCUCUUCGAUCCAAGCUCCCGGGGCCGGAGAUCAAGUCUGGCGGGUUCCCAGUCGAAGGAGUGCCCCGCUUCGAUGUUAAACCGUCAAAGAAGGUAUUGGGUAUGGUGUAUGCAACUCUUGAGGACACUAUCGUAAGCAUGACUGGGUCGAUGGUUGGGCUGUACAAAGAGUGA